AUGGCUCUCGAUCUAACCGGCUCCACAAAUUCCCCAAAUACAGCAAACAUCCAAACCCUAAUCGGCAAAAACUACGACCUCAAGCUAACCCAAUCAAUCCAAAACCUUUUAUCCGAAAUUCCCAAGCAAAACCCCAAAUUCUCCGACUUUACAGAGGAAUUCUACGAAUUGAUGCAAGCUCGAGUCGACCCGCCUCUCGAAUCAACCUGGGUCUACGCGGCAUUGGCCUUUCGCAGCCGGAAUCAUCCGAAAGACGACCCUUUGGACCGUGUAUCGGCCGCAGAGGACUUGUUUCAGCUGCUGUCGAUGUCCUCUGCUUCUUUCGGUCCUUCCAAGAGUGUCGCGCUGCUCGCUCCGGUGGUUCGCCAGGUUUACAAUGUGUGUGUUGAUUUGUUUAAGAGAGACUUGUCAUUGAAGAGAGAGAAGAAAGUGAUGAGAAAGGUUAGGGAUUUUGUGGGAACGAUUCUUGGCUAUAUAAAUCUGUGUUCUUUCGAAGAUUCGGGUGAGAGUGACAGUUUGAUUACGCCUUUUUCGGGCUUAAUUCGUGUUUGGAUGAACUCAAAUGAGGGGUUGGAGUCAUUCUUGCCUUUAGUGAGUAGUGACAUUUUUGGAGGGCUUAGUGAGGGAGAAUGUGAUGUGAGUUACUUGGCUGGAGUUGUUAUUGCGGAGGUGUUUUUGUUGAAACUCUGCUUGGAUUUCAAAUUCGGGACUUCGGGGAAGGAGUUGGAGAAGGAGUUAAGCACUUGGGCUAUCGGUUCCAUUACAAAGUUUGGGAACUGUUACCUUUUCGAUGUCCUUCUGAGGAUGCUGCUGGAGAAGACUUUGCCUUUUACCUCUCUAUUGAGUUCUGAAGGUGAAGUUUUGUUGAGAAAAGUGCUGUAUGAUGCUAUCGUAUUGGUCGAGUAUUCAUUCCUCAACCCUGACCCUGAGAGAGCGAUUUACAUACCUGCUGAGCUCAUGAAAAGUAUUGCCAUGGAAAGAUUGAUUGUUGCUCAUGAAGCAGUGGAGUAUUUUAGGGAGAACGGGGAUCAGAGGAGAGCCGUCUCUUAUGUAACUGCAUUUUCUGGUUCACAGUUACCUUCUCAAAUAAUUAAAUGGGUAAAGAAACAGAUUUAUGUGGAUGAUGGUGCAAUCAAAUCAGUGGGAACUUCGCCUAAAGCUCUUAUAAAAUGGCUUCUUAACCUUGAGGAUCGGGGCUUAAAAUUAUUUGAUGAUAGCAUUGCGAAGUUUCGUACCAAACUGGCUCUUGAUAUUUCUAAAUCAGACACCUUGCGGCCUGCUUCUAAUUUGGAGGAACAGAAAGUGGAUGAUGAUCUUCUUUUUUACAUAGAUAACAAGGGAGAAGAUGAACAUAGAGAUGAGGAAGAUGAAAGGGUGAACGAAUCCAUAGCUGCCACGCAUACAAUGUCAUCGUCGGAAAAAAGAGGAAGAAAGCGGAAAGGGAAAAAAGCUGAGAAGAAAGAGAAGAUAAAGUUUGUGAAGUAUGACCUUCGUCCUAAUGCCGACUCAGCUGGUGGGAGGCCCUCACUUAUCAACAAUGAUAGCUUAAACAGUGGGAGUGAGGCUGAGAAUCCACCUUCUGAUGAGGAUACAGACUGAGAAGAUCAGGUCAUUGCUUGGGAGAUCCAUGAAAAAGCGUAAUUCCGUCGGGCGACCCUGUCCCGUUCCUGUUUUGUUGUUGUUUUAGUAGCUAUUAGAUGGGGCAUGUCACAUUUUUGGUGUAACUUAUUUUUCUUGAUGGAACCUAUAACAUUUAUUGUGCAAUUGUUAGGAAUAUAAAAAUCUUGGUGAAGCAUAAAUUUUUGGUGCUACUUGAGUCGGAA